AUGUGCAUCAAACACGUGGCGCUGGAACAGCUCCUGCCCCCAAGGGCCGCCGACCUGGCGACCUGGCACACCGAACACCCUCCCUUCGAGGUGCUUUGGUUGCGAUUUUUUUCUUUUUGCCUGUUUUUUAAAAACUAUGUGCUGCUGUUAAUCAAAACAAAACAGCAGCUGCGGACUCGUGCCCGCGGAAGCCCAGCGCCCCGCCCGGAGUGGAGGAACCUCUCCAUGAGAGAUCCGGUCAUUCCUGGGACAAGCAUGGCCUACCAUCCGUUCCUACCUCACCGGGCGCCGGACUUCGCCAUGAGCGCGGUGCUGGGGCACCAGCCGCCGUUCUUCCCCGCGCUGACUCUGCCUCCCAACGGCGCCGCGGCGCUCUCGCUGCCCGGCGCUCUGGCCAAGCCGAUCAUGGAUCAGUUGGUGGGGGCGGCCGAGACCGGCAUCCCUUUCUCGUCCCUGGGGCCCCAGGCGCAUCUGAGGCCUCUGAAGACCAUGGAGCCCGAAGAAGAGGUGGAGGAUGACCCCAAGGUGCACCUCGAGGCCAAGGAACUUUGGGAUCAGUUCCACAAGCGGGGCACGGAGAUGGUCAUCACCAAGUCGGGAAGGCGAAUGUUUCCGCCAUUUAAAGUAAGAUGUUCUGGGCUGGAUAAAAAAGCCAAAUAUAUUUUGUUGAUGGACAUUAUAGCUGCCGAUGACUGUCGGUAUAAAUUUCACAAUUCUCGGUGGAUGGUGGCGGGUAAGGCUGACCCUGAAAUGCCAAAGAGAAUGUAUAUUCACCCGGACAGCCCGGCUACCGGGGAACAGUGGAUGUCCAAAGUUGUCACUUUCCACAAACUGAAACUCACCAACAACAUUUCGGACAAGCAUGGAUUUACUUUGGCCUUCCCAAGCGAUCACGCAGCGUGGCAGGGGAAUUAUAGUUUUGGUACUCAGACUAUACUCAACUCCAUGCACAAAUACCAGCCCCGAUUUCAUAUCGUGAGAGCCAAUGACAUCCUGAAACUUCCAUAUAGUACAUUUCGGACGUACUUGUUCCCCGAAACCGAGUUCAUCGCCGUGACAGCAUACCAGAAUGACAAGAUAACCCAGUUAAAAAUAGACAACAACCCUUUUGCGAAAGGAUUCCGGGACACUGGAAAUGGCAGGAGAGAGAAAAGGAAACAGCUCACCCUCCAGUCCAUGAGGGUGUACGAGGACCGACACAAAAAGGACACGGGCACCUCGGACGAGUCCUCCAGCGAGCAGGCAGCCUUCAGCUGCUUCGCUCAGUCCUCCUCCCCGGCUGUCUCCACUGUUGGCACCUCCAACCUCAAAGAUCUGUGUCCCAGCGAGGGUGAGAGCGACGCCGAGGCCGAGAGCAAAGAGGAGCACGGCCCGGAGGCCUGCGACGCGGCCAAGAUCUCCACCACCACGUCGGAGGAGCCGAGCCGCGACAAGGGCAGCCCCGCGGCCGCCAGCCCGGCCUCGGUGGCCGUGGACUCGGGCUCGGAACUCAACAGCCGCUCCUCCACCCUCUCCUCCAGCUCCGUAUCCUUGUCGCCCAAACUCUGCCCCGAGAAAGAGGCGGCCACCAGCGAACUGCAGAGCAUCCAGCGGCUGGUCAGCGGCCUGGAGGCCAAGCCCGACAGGUCCCGCAGCGCGUCCCCGUAGGCCCCUCCCCAGCAAAGACUCUUCAUUCCAGUCCCGUCCCGUCCCGUCUGCAGUGCACUUUGUGGGAUGUGAACUGAACCCCGGCGCGCGCGCGCGGUGGGGUUGGCCCGGCUUUGUGCGGUCCUGUCUGGGAAGGGGUGCCGGGCUCCCGGAGAGAAUGUGCUAGAAACAAGCCCUGUCUCCUUGGCGUGGUUUAUAUAUCCGGGACCUGGUGCAGGUCCUAGGGGCUGAGAAACGCCUGUUGCUCGGAGCCGGUGGGGGUGGGAGUUAAAACUGGUUUGUCCAGAGCACCUCCCGGAGGCUGGUCUGGGGGCCUGGGCAGGAAAGGCAGCCAGGCCCGCGGGGGGUGGGUGUUGAAAAGUUUCUCUCCCAGUGCAGAUUUUAUAUAUUUUUUUCCUUCACCGUGUCCAGUGGAAACAAAAACAAAUAAAAUUUAAAAAAAUAUAUAUAUAUACCGGGGGCAAAUGAGUACAUUAACAUGAUUUCUGUUUGCGAAAGAUGAAAACUUUUUAGUGACUUGCCUAUCCGUUCUCAAUAAAUGACUAAGCAGUCAUUUCGGGGUGGGGGUGGGGAGCCCCUGCUGCCUUGUUUAGUCUCUCUGAAGAUAAUCUGUGUCUUUUUCAUAUUGUGAUGUUUUAAGAGCCACUGUAGGCCUCUUCUUGCAUGUCCCACAGCCAUGUACUUGUGGUUUUUCCUUUUGAAUGCUUGCUUUUAGAGGGGAAAGAACAUGGUCCCACACCCCUUCCCCAACUCUCGUUGGCGGCCGAUUGAAAGGGAAGGGGGUGGGAAGACACACGAAAACAUGAGUUUAUUUUCUCUAAGCUCCAUAGCAGGAUUCCUGCCUGCCUGUCUCUCUCUCUGACGGUUCUUUCUCUUUCCUGUAUAUGCAAUAACAAGGUUUAAAAAAAUAAUAAAGAAGAAGCGAGACUAUUAGCAAAGUAUUUAUGUAAUUAUUUGAUAACUCUUGUAAAUAGAUGGAAUAUGAAUGCUCGGAAAAUUAAACUUUAAUUUAUUGACAUUGUACAUAGCUCUGUAAAUAGGAUCCGCAGCUGUCCAGUUUUGUGUGGAUUCCCUGCAGGCAGUUUUAUUUCAAGGUCACAGGAUCGCUUUUGAAACUAGGAAACACUUUCUGCACCAACACCAACCACUUUCAAAACGGUUGUCCGCAAAAAAAAAAAAAAAAAAAAAAAUUCUUAAUGUCCAAGAGUGAGAGAAAGUGUUAUUGCCUGUUUUACCCAGAAUUGCGGAGGUGGUGGUGCCACUUCCCAGUUCCACCUUAAAUUCCUUAAAAUGUAACCCCCCACCUUGUGGUUCUGAGGUUGCUUGGGGGGGAGGGGGGCCUCGGGGUGGGGGUUGCCGAGGCUGCGGCUUGACUUCCUAAUUUUUCUCUUGUAUUUGUAUUUGCUAGUCUCUGAUAUCGUCCAAACACAGUGGAAUUGACUACUGUCUUCACUAUUGUUUUGCAUUGGUGCCUUUAGAGAGAUCUAUUCACAGUUCAAAAGUCAGGUGCUGAGAUGGUUUAAAGACAAAAGCUCAUGAAGGUAUAUUUUGUGUUAUAAUCGAUGAGUUCUUUGGUUUUCUGUAUCAUCCCUCCCCCCUUGAAAACGUCAUUGAAAUUUCAAUAAAUUUUUAUUGAAAUGUC